GAACGGGCGGCGGCUUGGUGGGGAGAUGGCGGCCCGGCCGGGAGAGCCGAGGAGGCAGAGACCCCCGGGGGCCUCGUCCCCGCACGCCCUGACGGGAGACCUGCUCGCCAAGGAGGAGGAGUAUAAACGUUUAAAUGCGGAACUGGAUGCCAAAACACUAGAACUGGUCCACCAGGCUGACAGAGUAAUCAAAGAGCAACAGGAGAUACUGUCUAGAGCGAUUUCAUCUCAGAUUCAAUUAACUACCGAAGAAGAUGACAAUUUGAGAGAGCUGCAAUCUUCUGGAGGCUCAAUCCUUCCUACUUCAAAUGCUAAGCAAACAAAGAACAAGAAACAGGGUCCCGAAGCUACACUGCAGAACAAACUACAAUCUAGGAAUGUGAGCAAGAACGAACCCUCAAGCGCCGAGUUACAAACCGCCGAUGACGUUGCCAUCCUGGAAGACGUUACGGACUUUUCUCUUGCAAAGACAUUUAGCAACCUUGAAGGAACACUUGAUGGAGGAGGUUUAUCUAAUAAUGUAGAUGAUAUUUUCUCCGGUGCUGGCAAAGACAUUGGAUCAGAAGCUCAGAUCAGACUUCUAAAGGCAAAGCUACGGGUUACGCAGGAGGAAUUGGAUACCGUAGUCCGUGAAUGCAAUAAAAAGGAGGAUGUGACUCGGACUCUGAUGGCCCACGUCAAGGAACUGGAGGAAGAACGUGCUAAGCUGCAGCAGACGGUCAGUGCCCAGCAGUCUCAGAUGGAAAAAUACAAAGCCCUCAUGGAUGAGGCAAGGAAGAAACGCGAUGAGUUUGAGCAGCAACUGGCUGCCAUGGAAAAGGAAUUAGAGCAUCUAAAAAAAGUUCAGAAACAGGCGUCAAGCAGUCAGAAUGCUACAGAGGUCCGCCUGAACAGAGCUCUCGAGGACGCGGGAAAGCAUAAGCAGGAGUUGGAGAAACUGAAGCAGACUACCAAGGAUGCAAACUUGCAAGAAAACAAACAAGUAGAAUUGUUAAAAGAAGAGAAAAGAAUUCUGGAAAAAGAGAAAGGAGAAUUGGUGUCCGUUUUCAAAAAACAGCAAAAAUUGAUCGACGUUUUAAAAAGGCAAAAGAUGGAGCUAGAAACUGCCAAGUUGUUAUCGUUCUCCGAAGAGGAAUUUAUGAAAAUCCUGAAAUGGGACAAUUCCCCCGACAACUGAGUCUACCGAAUUCCUGUUUCAUUUGUUUGCACUAGUGAGUUGAAGAUGUUAGUACUUGAUUAUAAUUUGUAAGUUUUGAAAAAAAAAUUAUUGCCUCCUGCUUGAAUAUCGAGGGGGCAAAGCUAGAGAAUGUGGACGAAAACGAUCCGUGCUAAAAAUGUCACGAACGGGUAAAGGUACAUUUGGUUUAUCGUUCAGCUGAAUUCCGUUCAGCAUGAAUAGGAUGCUAAAUGGAAUAGUAGAUGCUUAACGGGUUUUUCACGAGAAUUUAGAAAGACUUUUCCACACUUUUGCCGUGCGGUGGUAUUGGAGCGUUUUUACUUGUGGGCACUGUAUUAAACUAUUUAUCAGUUCUAGUCAGAAAGGGAUAGUAACUUUUGUUGCCCCAGUGGUGUAAAAAAAAAUUAAACCACAGUUGAAGAAGGAAUAACCUUUUCUAACAACUUGUCACUCUCCUGAAAAUUCCCGCUUUGUUUAAAUCUUGCAUGUUAAAAUGUUGCCGAGAGCCUU